GCGCGCUGGCGGCGCGACGUAGCACAGUGUGUGUGGGCAGCAGGCAGCGUGCGCGGCGCCAUGGCUGACGAGAAGACGGCGCUGCUCGAGGGGGCACCCCGGCUGACCACAGGCUGCAUCCAGCAGCGCUACGUGCUCUCGGUGAUGGGAUUCCUGGCGAUCGCCAACGCGUACACGAUGCGCACCAGUCUGUCGGUGGCCAUCACGGAGAUGGCGUGCAGCGACCCCUCAGCAGGCUCCAGCACUGGAAACUCCUCCUCCAACGACAGCCAGCCAGAUGUCGGCCUGCAGUGCCCAGCUGACGACGAAUUCGAGGCCAGCUCGUGCGGGCUGGCCGAGUUCGACUGGGACGAGGAGACGCAGGGCCUGAUCCUGAGCUCUUUCUUCUGGGGCUACAUCGUGACGCACCUGCCCGGCGGCAUGCUGGCCGAGCGCUUCGGCGGCAAGUACUCGCUGGGCCUGGGCAUCCUCUGCACGGCCAUCUUCACGCUGCUGUCGCCGGUGGCCGCGCGCUACGGCGGCUCCGGCUGGUUCAUCGCCAUCCGCGUCCUCAUGGGUCUCGGAGAGGGAACUACAUUUCCUGCCCUGAAUGCACUUCUGGCACAGUGGGUUCCGGUUAGCGAAAGAGGCACUCUUGGAUCUCUCGUCUUUGCUGGUUCCCUGAUCGGAAACAUCGUGGCUAACGCAGUGAGCGGCGUCGUGAUAGAGGCGACGCAGAGCUGGGACAGCGUCUUCUACCUGUUCGGCGGUAUCGGAGUGCUCUGGUUCAUCCUCUGGCAACUGCUCUGCUACAGCGACCCCAACUCGCACCCCUUCAUCUCGGACGAGGAGAAAAAGUACCUCAACGAAACUAUUGGAAACGUGGACAGAAAGGAGGAUCUUCCACCAAUACCAUGGUUCCACAUGAUGAAAUCUAUUCCUCUCUGGGGUCUGAUCUUCGCUCAAAUUGGCCACGAUUGGGGUUUCUACACUAUGAUUACAGACCUACCAAAAUACAUGAAGAAUGUUCUCCGAUUUUCCAUUUCUGCUAAUGGUCUGCUGUCGGCGCUACCCUAUGUUGCUAUGUGGCUCUCUUCAGUUGCCUCUGGCUGGCUUGCGGACUGGAUACUUGUGCGUGGGUACAUGAAUACAACUAACGUCCGGAAAGUAUUCACAAUCGUAGCCGCCGUUGGACCCGCCGCCGGCAUUAUCGGAGCGUCGUACGCAAACUGUGACCGGGUAACCGUGGUGGCCCUGUUCACGGUAGGGAUGGCCCUGAUGGGGACGUUCUACCCCGGUAUGAAGGUGAACGCGCUGGACCUCAGCCCCAACUACGCCGGCACGCUGAUGGCCUUCGUCAACGGCGCUGGCUCCAUCACGGGCAUGGUGGCCCCAUACCUGAUCGGAGUUGUUGCCUACAACAGUACUCUGGAAGAGUGGAGGAUAGUCUUCUGGAUAACAUUCGGGAUACUCGUUGUAACUGGAAUCAUAUUCUUUUUUACUGCCUCUGGCGAAGUUCAGUACUGGAAUAAUCUGUACACGACGAAGGACGAAGAAACUGGGACCCACAACAAAGACAAAGACGCUACGGAUCCGUACGAGAUGACUACGAAGCCACCAGCGUACAGUCCGUGAGGCGGGCAGGCGUCGUCGUCAUGAGCUGUGUUACCACUGGAGUACAAAGUUCCUUUUCAUGCAUCAAAUGCAUAUUUUCUUGUUUUAAUGGAAAUUCCAUUAGCUGAUAGUCUUUUUAGAAAGACGCUAUUGACUUUAUCUCGGAUGUAUCGUAUAUUCGCAGCGACGCUCAAUGCCCUGCGUAAAAAAUAUUCACGGGAAGCACGUCCACCGAUGAUGUUUACGAUCUGCCUUCACAUUCUGUUAGGCAGAAAACUGAAUGAUGUCUGCAACUGCGAGCGCAAUGAAGCCGCAACUGUAAAAUUUUAUCCUAACUUCCCUUUCUGUCACAUGAAAACUCAAACAUAAUCCCCAAAUUUCAUAAUUAAUACAGCGCCGCUUCUUACUGCAGCCACGAUUGCGAAUAUCUCUUCGUUUCGUUCGGUAAAACAGCAGGUAUGACGUGCUUCCAGAAAGAGCGAUUAGCAAGCUUUAAAUCAUACAAUCAAUAAUUUUGGAGCUUCCGCAUUUCUUCAGUUUGUGUCACUCUUUUCGAUCACACUGAUGGCAGAGAAUUAUAAAUGUAUCUCAGCCACACAACUUGAACUCUUUCAUAAGAAGCGCAACGCACUACAUAGUACCGUAAUUGAGUACAAUAAUAUUGUUCCAUCUGAUACUUCAUUACGGCACAGGUUAAGUUACAAUGCGUGUAUUUAAUAA